AUGCCAGCACACGUCGGUGACGUGGUCCUUCUGCCCAAAGGCCAUCCCGGACCCGACCGGCGGGCCGAGCACGCCGUGCCGCACCUCGAGUACUACCCGACGCAGGCGUCCCUCCUGCCCUGCCGGCUCAGGCUCUGCGCCUUCAAGAGCAUGGGCGGGCCCUGGAUCUGCUGCGUGUGCCGCGGCGGGCCCAACAGCUACGGCUGGUGCACGGCGCCGCUGGGGUCCGCGGUCGCCUACUCGGCCGCGUAUGCUGGCGUUGACGCUGCUGCUGCUAGCGGUACUGCCUAUUUCUGGGACUCGGCGGGCUUUGGGUACACGGCGCCGUGUGGGCAUGGGUGCUGUAGCACGUGUGAACCGUUUGCCGGGCCAGACGCGCCGGAAGGGAUUGAAAUCCAGGAGUACGAGGUCAUUCCGGAAGGCAGCACCAGCGAGAGCCGGCGGAGCAAGAAGGGCAAGGGAAAAGCCAAGUGA